CCCCCUAUUCUCGUCAGCGAUAGCCUCUACGCUUCCUCUCCCUCUUUCUCCUCUUCUCGUCUCUUGGCUCGAAUCGAUCUCGCCCACCAGACCCGACCACCCGAUCCCCCGGAGAGCCGGAGAGGAGAAGAGCGAGGCGACGCGGCUACGCUCACCGUCACCAUGCUCAGGGUCGCAGGUCGACGCAUCUCCUCCCACCUUGCAUGGCGCCCCGCCGCGGCCGCCUCCGCCGGCAGGAGCCCCCUCGCUGGCGGCCUCCCAGGCGACGACUCUCGCGACCAGAAGCCGCGCUUCGCCAUCGACUCCCCCUUCUACGCCGCCGCCAGAGGUUUUUCAGCUGAAACACUUGUUCCAAGGAACCAGGACGUAGGCUUGGCUGAGCUCCCAGCAACUACAGCAGCUCUGAAGAAUCCCAGUGCAAAAAUUGUCUACGACGAGUAUAACCACGAGAGGUACCCACCUGGCGAUCCCAGCAAGCGUGCCUUUGCCUACUUCGUGUUGAGUGGUGGGAGAUUUGUCUAUGCCUCCUUGUUGCGUUUGCUCGUCUUAAAGUUCGUCUUGAGUAUGUCAGCAAGUAAGGACGUGCUUGCCCUCGCUUCCCUUGAGGUUGACCUGUCAAGUAUUGAGCCUGGGACCACUGUGACUGUGAAGUGGCGGGGCAAGCCAGUUUUCAUCAGGCGCAGGACAGAGGCUGAUGUUAAGCUGGCCAAUAGUGUUGAUGUUGCAUCCCUCCGUGAUCCACAGGAGGAUGCAGUGCGUGUCAAGAACCCUGAAUGGCUUGUUGUCAUUGGUGUCUGCACUCACUUGGGCUGCAUUCCCCUCCCCAACUCUGGAGACUUUGGCGGCUGGUUCUGCCCGUGCCAUGGCUCACACUAUGACAUCUCAGGUAGAAUCAGGAAGGGCCCAGCACCUUACAACCUGGAGGUCCCAACCUACAGUUUCUUGGAGGAAAACAAAAUGCUUAUCGGCUAAGAGUAGUGACCACAGGAUUAAUCCUAUGGUGCUGUGCUGAUAUUUUGAGUCGGUUUGACAAUUUACCUUUUUGGUGCUUCGGUAUAUUUUUUACGGACUAUUCUAUCUGAGUGCAGUGCUCUUCCUAGCACCCGAUAGUAAAGAAUAAUCUGCUGCUACUUUGGUACUGUCAAUUAAUUUCCGAGUCUGGCUGUCUGUUUCUGUUUCCUGAGCUCGGUAGGGAUGAUGAAAUUGUAAUAUCUUAGCUGGCAAAGUGAAGCUUAUAUGUGAUUGUUUUAUAUCUCUUUACCUCAGUCUGUGAUUUACUAUUAUUUGUCUGUUUGGAUGUAAGAUGAACUUGAUGCACUUUUUACGAUGUGUUGUUUAUGCUAGUUUAUCAA